AUGUCCUACGACCCUGCCAUAGUCGAGGACUACGAGGCCUCGAUCAAGGAGCUCACGUUCAACUCCAGGCCUAUAAUUGAAACACUCACCACCAUCGCCCAGGAAAACACUGAUGCUGCUGAAGGUAUAUUAAAUGUCAUCACGUCCAGAAUAUACAAGUGCAUUCCAGAACAGAAGCUUUUCGCCAUGUACUUGCUUGAUUCCAUCUGUAAGAUUGUUGGCCAGCCGUAUAAUCUUAUUGUUGGCCCUGAAAUCUUCAAGUUGUUCUCUCAUGUGUACGUGUUGGUCAGUGACAGCACUCGUGGGAAGUUGGUGAAGAUGUAUGAGCUCUGGAAAGUGACACGCACGAAGAACGCUGGGGGACCGCUUUUCCCUCCUGAAGAACUAGAAAAGAUCGGCAAGUUCUUGCAACAAGCCGGCUACAGGAAACCAGAGACGCCUGCUGUUUCUGCUUCGGAUCUUAUAGCUGAUAUUGACAUGCUCUUGCCCAUAAUGAAGAAUAAACUCGUCAACAACCCAAGAGACACGUCGCUUAAUGAUAGGUUCAAUGCAUUACUGGAGCUUAAGCUCUUGCUACAAAGCCAGGCUCUCAAACAGAACGAUUUGCUAGGAAUCAAAGAAAAGCUUUCUUCCAUGAAACAGGCGGAAGUGUAUGCUGCUAGCAGCACACCAAAAGUAGCCGAAUCUCCAGUCUUGCCUAAACAAGUGCCCGGUCCAUUCGUUCCUGAGCCAGGUAUGCCAGGUAAGGCUGAGGCGCUUUUUGCUGAUCUUCUUGCGUCUGGCCUUGUUAAGAUGGAGCAGUCGUUGAAGGCCGGUUCAAAGCCUGUUUAUGACCUCGUUAUGCCUAAGGAGAAGUACGAGCCAUCUACUGGCAACGAUGGUAUGUCCACCUCGGCUCUAGAACAACUCUUAAUGGAUGCAAAUAAUCCUGGCAGAUCAGCCUAUGAGCAGGCAGAAUUCAAAGAACUCUUGAAGAUUUCUAAGAAGCUCAGAAAAGACGAAUCUUUCGGUAAAUCGUUACAAAGUUUUGUGAAUCACAACAAACUAGAUGUGUCUACGAUACUGCUUCUCUACGACGCUAAGGCACUGAAGUGUGCUCAGUGUGGCAAGCGUUUUACAGACGAUGAGGCUGGUAACAAAAGAAAGCGUAUCCACUUGGAUUGGCAUUUCCGUAUCAACAAGAAACUGGCCAACUACAAGACUAAUAUUCAAUCAAGAAACUGGUACCUUGACGAUCUCGAAUGGGUCAAGUUUAAUGACGAAGACCUUCUUGAAUUUGGCGAGUCUGAAAGCAGCAAGGAAGCUAGUAAGCAGCCUGAGCAGAAGGAAGAGGAGAGAGUUUACGUUAUCAUCCCAGCCCACGAAAACAUCACUAACAACGUUUGCACAAUCUGCCGUGAACAGAUCAAACCAACAUACGACGAGCAGCUCGGUGAGUGGAUAUGGGAUGGAUGUGUGUAUGCAGCUGGUGGUAAGGCAAGCCGAAAGAUUGUUCACGCCAGCUGUUGGAGAGAGACCGCUAAGAAGAGAAGCAGCAAUGGCCUGGAGGACAGAAAAGUAAAGCGGGAACGAGUAUAA